AUGGCUGAUGAUCUACCUUCACAUGCCGAUGAAUUUUUUGUCGAGCCCGUCAAGCGCGCGAGCCAGGCCUGCGAGAACUGCCGGCGUAAAAAGUCACGGUGUCCAGGCGAGAAACCAAGAUGCUCCCUCUGCAUACGCCUGCGACAACGAUGUGUUUAUGCCGAGAGAACAUCGCAAUCCGACAAAGUGACAAGAGCUCGGGGUCGAGGUCGCAGGACUCCUCCGACCUUUUCUUCCAGUCAGGGACAUCAUGACUCCGACCGGUUAAGCGCAGUCGAAUCUAAGCUUUGUGAGUUGGCACAGGUUUUAGGCGCCAAGGGAAUUGUCGACCUGGAAAGCGGACAAGGACUGCGUCACGCGGCCGAGAUGGCCUCGAUCGACUCGACCUCUCCCACUGGUACCUUUCAGAUCACCAGCGACUUCGAGAUCCCAGAUGAGAUUAGGGAAGAAGGCAUCCGACUCUAUUUCCAACAUUUUCACAACCAGCCCUACCCGCUUCUGAUGGAAAUGAACGGCAGUCGACAAGCUUCAGUGGCUGAAUACCCCAAGCUCGUGCUGCUCCCUUUGCUCGCUGUCAGUCUGCGCAUCAGCCAGCAUCCUCUCUUCACCAGCAAAGACGCUCUGGCCGAAAUGUGUGGAAUGUUGACUGAGGCAGCAUGGAGCCUUCUAGCAGCUCAAUAUGCCAAUUUCGACUUUGAUCUGGCUUAUUUUCAGGCGCUCUGCUUACUAGCUCAGGUCGAUUUUGCCAGUGAGUGUCAUAUCAAAUACCACCCCAUCAUCACCCGCUGA